GCUGUCUCUACCCGCAUCUCUCUCUCUCUCUCUCUCUCUCUCUCUCUCUCUCUCUCUCGGGCAGAGAUUGUCAUUAUUACCCCUGUCCGACUGUGCUAGGGUUUAUCCCCACUCGAACUCCGAUCGGAACCGGACUCCCCCCAAUCGAUUCGGCUACCAAUCCACUCCGCUUCGAAAUUCUCUAGAAAAUGGAUCUCCCAAGUCUCGCUGUUGUUCUCCAAGCCGCUCUCAGCCCCAACCCUGACGAACGCAAAGCAGCAGAGCAGAGCCUCAAUCAGUUGCCGUGUUUCAGUUCCAGUACACUCCCCAGCAUCUAGUGCGGUUGUUGCAGAUCAUUGUGGACGGCAAUUGUGACAUGGCGGUACGACAGGUCGCCAGUAUCCAUUUCAAGAACUUCAUUGCCAAGAACUGGUCGCCCCAGGAUCCUGAUGAGCCGCAGAAGAUCUUAGAAAGUGAUAAAAGUUUGGUCAGAGAUCACAUCCUGGUGUUUGUUGCACAACUUCCUCCUCUGUUGAGAGUACAGCUUGGUGAGUGCCUAAAAACGAUAAUUCAUGCCGAUUAUCCUGAGCAGUGGCCACAUCUUCUUGACUGGGUCAAGCAUAGCUUGCAGGACCAACAAAUUUAUGGUGCUUUGUUUGUCCUAAGGAUUCUUGCCAGAAAAUAUGAGUUCAAGUCCGAUGAAGAACGGACACCAGUUUACCGUAUUGUUGAUGAGACAUUUCCCAGUUUGCUCAACAUUUUCAACAGGCUUGUUCAUAUUGCUAAUCCGCCGUUGGAAGUGGCUGAUUUGAUUAAGCUCAUUUGUAAAAUCUUCUGGUCAUCAAUUUAUUUGGAGAUACCAAAGCAGCUGUUUGAUCCAAAUGUGUUCAAUGGGUGGAUGCUACUUUUCUUGAACAUAUUGGAAAGGUCUGUUCCCCUUGAAGGCCAGCCUGCAGAUCCUGAGUUGAGGAAAUCCUGGGGUUGGUGGAAGGUGAAGAAAUGGACUGUUCACAUUCUAAAUAGGCUUUACACUCGGUUUGGAGAUCUUAAAUUACAAAACCCUGAAAAUAGAGCGUUUGCUCAAAUGUUUCAGAAGAAUUAUGCCGGGAAGAUUUUAGAGUGCCACUUAAAUUUAUUGAACAUUAGUCGGACUGGGGGGUAUCUACCCGACAGAGUUACAAAUCUCAUUCUUCAAUAUCUAAGCAACAGCAUCUCAAAGACCAGUAUGUACAAUUUGCUGCAACCGAGGCUUGAUGUUCUUCUCUUUGAGAUCAUUUUCCCCUUGAUGUGCUUUAAUGACAAUGAUCAAAAGCUUUGGGAGGAGGACCCUCAUGAGUAUGUGAGAAAGGGUUAUGAUAUCAUUGAAGAUCUUUACAGUCCAAGAACUGCCUCCAUGGAUUUUGUCAGCGAGUUAGUUAGAAAACGUGGAAAAGAUAACCUGCAAAAGUUCAUCCAAUUCAUAGUAGGGAUUUUCAAGAGAUAUGAUGAGUCACCAGUUGAAUAUAAACCCUACCGGCAGAAAGAUGGUGCUCUCCUUGCUAUUGGAGCUCUCUGUGAUAAAUUGAAGCAGACUGAACCAUAUAAGGCUGAGCUUGAGCGGAUGCUGGUGCAACAUGUUUUCCCAGAGUUCAGUAGUCCUGUUGGACAUCUGCGAGCAAAGGCAGCGUGGGUUGCAGGCCAAUAUGCUCAUAUUAAAUUCUCAGACGCAAACAAUUUUAGAAAAGCACUACAUAGUGUUGUUUCUGGGCUGCGGGAUCCUGAACUUCCUGUUCGGGUUGAUUCGGUCUUUGCAUUGCGUUCUUUCGUUGAAGCUUGUCGAGACUUGAAUGAGAUUCGUCCAAUCCUUCCACAACUUCUUGAUGAGUUCUUCAAACUAAUGAAUGAGGUUGAGAAUGAAGACCUUGUUUUUACUCUAGAGACUAUUGUCGAUAAGUUUGGGGAGGAGAUGGCACCUUAUGCUCUUGGAUUAUGCCAGAAUUUGGCGGCUGCAUUCUGGAGGUGUAUGAACACUGCUGAAGCUGAUGAUGAAGCUGACGAUCCUGGUGCCCUUGCUGCAGUUGGAUGUUUGCGUGCCAUAAGCACUAUUCUCGAGUCAGUGAGCCGUCUUCCUCACCUUUUUGUCCAGAUUGAGCCAACAUUGCUUCCUAUCAUGCAUAAAAUGUUGACAACUGAUGGCCAAGAGGUCUAUGAAGAAGUAUUAGAAAUUGUGUCUUAUAUGACCUUCUAUUCACCUACAAUAUCAAUGGAUAUGUGGAGUCUCUGGCCUUUAAUGAUGGAAGCACUGGCAGAUUGGGCUAUUGAUUUUUUCCCGAAUAUACUGGUUCCUUUGGACAACUUUAUUUCCAGAGGAACCGGGCACUUCCUUACUUGCAAAGAACCGGAUUACCAACAGAGCCUUUGGAGUAUGAUUUCACAUGUUAUGGCUGACAAAAACUUGGAGGAUAGUGAUAUUGAACCAGCUCCAAAACUCAUUGAAGUAGUCUUCCAGAACUGCAAAGGGCAGGUGGAUCAUUGGGUUGAGCCAUACCUGAGAAUUACUGUUGAGAGGCUGCGACGGACUGAGAAAUCAUACUUGAAGUGUCUUCUGAUGCAAGUGAUUGCAAACGCUCUUUAUUACAAUGCGGUGCUGACUAUCAGUAUACUGCAAAAGCUUGGUGUUGCAACAGAAAUAUUUAACCUCUGGUUCCAGAUGUUGCAACAAGUUAGGAAGAGUGGUCUACUUGCUAAUUUUAAAAGAGAGCAUGAUAAGAAAGUUUGCUGCUUGGGCUUGAUAUCUUUAUUUGCUCUUCCUGCUGAGCAAUUACCAGAUGACGCCUUGGGACGUGUUUUCAGGGCGACGCUUGAUCUCUUAGUCAAAUACAAAGACCAAGUUGCUGAAGCUGCAAAGGUGGCAGAGGCUGAAGAUGAUGAUGACAUGGAUGGUUUCCAAACUGAUGAUGAAGAUGAAGACGUUGAUGGGUCAGACAAAGAGAUGGGAUUCGAUGCGGAGGACGGGGAUGAGGCUGACAGCAUUAGACUUCAGAAAUUAGCUGCACAGGCAAAGGCAUUCCGUCCAGAUGAUGACGAUGAUGAUGACUCAGAUGAUGACUACAGUGAUGAUGAAGAAUUGCAAUCUCCAAUUGAUGAGGUUGACCCCUUUAUUUUCUUCGUGGACACUGUCAAAGCCAUGCAAGCAGUGAGUCCGAUGAGGUUCCAGAACCUCACUCAGGCAUUGGAGUUCCACUACCAGGCACUUGCCAAUGGGGUUGCUCAGCACGCCGAGCAGAGGAGGGUGGAGAUCGAGAAAGAAAAGAUGGAGAAGGCCUCCACUGCAGCUGCUUCAUGACCUCGUGAUCAUUCUGGUUCUUUCUUGGUGCUCUAUUCAAGGUUGGAUUUGUGAGAGAAUUUGUGCCAUGUCCAUGUACGUUAAACUGGGUUGUCUUCCACAUUUUUCCAGGUCAGGUCAAACGACCCUCUGGGGUUCGUGAGAGUUAAUUUUUUUAAGCCCUAAUUCCUAGGGUGCCGAAAGACGGUAUCUGAUGGUUCUGUCGGCACAGAGGUAUCAAAAGGUCGGGUAAAGAAAAGGGAAACAAGCGGGCACUCCUCUUUCUUCACUUCUGAGUAUUCUUUUUUUGUUUUGGAUUUGUGGCAUUAUUUGGGAUGGGGAGUCCCACAUGUGGAUUUAGGGUCUUCUCCAUUUGGUGUAGGACAUAAAGUUAGCCCGGUUUUCAACCAGGCAGGUUUUUCUUCUAGGGGCAUAAUUGGUGGUUGCUGUAUCUAUAAUUUUGGGUGGGUGGAGGGUUAGAUGGAUCGAUGCGGUUCAAUUCUUCUUUCUUCUUGUGUGUUUUCUGUCCCCCGAAUAUUUUUUAUUUUCCUUUUUUAGGGGGUAUAGAGUCUGCGCAGAAUGCAAUAUCCUUCGGGUGUAUUUUUGUGUCUGAAGAUGUUUCGUAGCAGGGUAGCUUUUGAGGGUAAGGGCUUCCCCUAGCAGAUUGUAGUCAGUACAUGAUUGUGUAUUCUUUCUAUAUAAAGCUGUGGCGAGCACCUUUUCAUUCUAUUC